CAUCACAUGUUACCGAAUAACAAUAGAUAUUGAACUUGGUAGGCAAAUAGUUGUUUCCAGGCUUCCCAAACCCCCCUCCUUUUUCAGUAUUUGCUUACGCCUCUUAUCUCCCCUCGUUUUCACAAAAACCCUAGUUCCCUUGCAGAAUCUGUGCUCCUACUUCACCAUGGACGUGGAUGAGAAAAGAAGGAUAGAUAUCGAGGAGGAGAUACGGUCUUUGCAGCUCGACUUGGCAGAAGAUACUAAUGGGGUUGUAAAUUCUGAAGAUGCAAAGGCAGAAGAACCUGAGGAAGUGGAUAAGAUGGAGGAAGAUUCAAAGGAAGAUGUCCAUAAUGAGGCAGUGCAGGUUGAACAUAAAGUGAAAGACAAGAAAGUCUCUGCCUCGGACAAUAAUAGAGCAGCAGAGGAGAAGGAAUUAUCUAAGAAGAGACAUUUGAAUGUUGUCUUCAUUGGCCAUGUUGAUGCUGGUAAGUCCACUAUUGGAGGCCAGAUACUUUUCCUCAGUGGUCAGGUGGAUGAUCGCACAAUCCAAAAAUAUGAAAGAGAAGCAAAGGAGAAAAGUAGAGAAAGCUGGUAUAUGGCAUAUAUUAUGGACACUAAUGAAGAGGAGAGAACCAAGGGUAUUACUGUUGAAGUUGGAAGAGCUCAUUUUGAAACAGAGACGACAAGAUUUACAAUUUUGGAUGCACCGGGUCACAAAAGCUAUGUCCCAAAUAUGAUCAGCGGUGCAUCUCAAGCUGAUGUAGGCGUGUUGGUAAUUUCUGCUCGAAAAGGGGAAUUUGAAACUGGAUAUGAGAGAGGUGGACAGACCCGUGAACACGUUCAGCUCGCAAAAACCCUGGGUGUGUCUAAGCUGCUUGUUGUUGUAAAUAAAAUGGAUGACCCAACUGUCAAUUGGUCAAAGGAAAGGUACGAUGAAAUUGAGUCAAAGAUGGUACCAUUUUUGAAGUUAUCAGGAUACAAUGUCAAGAAAGAUGUCCAGUUCCUGCCAAUUUCUGGCCUGCUUGGUGCAAACUUGAAAACAAGAAUGAAUAAAAGCAUUUGUCCAUGGUGGGAUGGUCCCUGCUUCUUUGAAGCCCUUGAUGCCGCUGAAAUUCCUCAACGAGAUCCCAAAGGUCCAUUUAGGAUGCCUAUUAUAGACAAGUUCAAGGAGAUGGGGACUGUUGUCAUGGGAAAAGUAGAAUCUGGUAGUGUGCGUGAGGGAGAUUCAUUGCUGGUCAUGCCAAAUAAGGCUCAUGUUAAGGUUCUUGAAGUAUACUGUGAUGAAGAUAAGGUUAGACAAGCAGGCCCAGGUGAAAAUCUACGGGUUAAACUGUCUGGGAUUGAAGAAGACGGCAUAUUGUCAGGCUUCGUUUUGUCAAGCAUUGCUAAACCAAUACCUGCUGUUACUGAGUUUGUUGCCCAGUUGCAGAUCCUUGAGUUGCUAGACAAUGCAAUUUUUACAGCUGGCUAUAAGGCUGUCUUGCACAUUCAUUCUGUUGUGGAAGAAUGCGAGAUUGUUGAGUUGUUAAAGCAAAUUGAUCCAAAGACGAAGAAACCUAUGAAAAAGAAAGUUCUCUUUGUGAAAAAUAAUGCUGUCGUCGUAUGCCGCAUUCAGGUGAAUAAUUUAAUAUGCAUAGAGAAGUUCUCAGAUUUUCCUCAACUUGGAAGGUUCACCCUUCGUACUGAAGGAAAAACAGUUGCAAUGGGAAAGGUCAUGGAGCUUCCUUCGUCAAGUUCUUAAACAAUUUUUGGCAUAAAGGCAAAUCGAGACAGAGGGGACAUAAAUGUUGCAUUACAUGGCAGCAUGAUGGGGUCCUAAUUAGAACAGCAUCAAAUGCAUGUGUUUUAUGAAGAGUUAAUUUUUGUGGCUGAUGUUGCCCUUGUGUUCUGGAUGGGGGGGCUUUACGAGGCAUUGUUGUUUUGGGUUGUUUUAUGGGUGAUAUUUGACCUGAUUCACCCAUUGCCAUCCCUUAACUCCAUUUGAGUACGAAUAAUGGUUUUUGAGUCAGUCUUCUCUGAUUUGUGCUAGUUAAAAUGUGGUCUUUCUUUCUUUUUCUUUUUUAUUUUUGGAGCUUUGGCUCCCUUGAAGGUUCCUCUAAAUUGACUAUUGGGCUAUGCAUUAAGUUGAUAUAUGAAACACAUUCUCUCAAUCAACAAAUUUGCUUGCAAGUGGUUUUAUUA